UUCAGCUCACAUAUUCGUGCCAGAAAAAGAAAAAUACUACAUGCGAAAAACACGAAGCAGACUACAAGACAAAUGUCCCACUGUCCCAUCAGGGUUGGAGCUUGAGAACUUCCUUCUGGAGGAAAAACACAAAACAGGGAUUACAGACUUGGAACAUCAUGAGAGUAUCUCCUUGAAUCCGAUUACAGAAGAAUGUAAUGAGAAACCUCUCAAAACCGAUCCAACAGCCACCGUUACUGGACAAAUCCUCCUGGCAGUGGCUAGCCUGCGGGACUCAGACAGAAACAAUAUCCAGGCAGCUGCAAUUAUGCUGAAUUCUCUUUUAAAGAAAGAGAAGAACAAAUUAAGGGGAAGGGUGCCAGAGAUCAUAGAUAUUAUUUAUUUCCACUUGAAUGCUAUCCAGGAUCGCAGUGCAAGAGAAGCAGCAAUAGGAGCUGUGUGCCUGCUGGUUGAAGCCCACACAGAUGAGGCCAUCUCAAGUCUUCUGAGGCUCUCACUGUUUUGUGACAGACAUGUUACUCAAAUUUGGGAAGCCCUUGGCCAAGCUAAACAACCUGUCAGACUCCAGGUCCUUGCCAAACUCCUUGAAGUCCUAAAAAGAAGACCCAGCCUCUACAGUGAGCCCCUGGUAUCAGACCUAAAUUUCAAGGAUAAUAAUACUUCCUUUUUCCCUCUGGCUGCAACAAAGGCCCUGGGCAUAAUAUUUAAGGAUAAGAGGUGCAAAGUGCCUAUGAAUAGCUUUUACGUGUCUGUGGUAAUUUUCCUGGUCAUUCAACUGCACUACUUGGUGAGCUCUUUAGACGAUGACUACGGGCAGGAGGAGAUCGUCAAAACAUCGCACUACAUAAGCUGUACCAUGGAAACUUUAAAAGCCUUGAUUAAAAGGGAGAGGUCAUCACAGACAUGUUUUACGAGUCUCACAGAAAACUGGGAACUUCUAUCUUCACCAGAGAAUUACCUUGAAGGUGUUCUCCUCUUGGCCAGAGCUCUUGUCAAGAAUCAUCAUGGGCUUGAUUACGCUGUGUUCACCAAGGUUAUACCAUUUCUCCAUCAUGGGGAUGACCAACAGAAACUAACAGCAAUGGCCUUUUUCACUGCACUUCUUUUUUCUGAGUCUACCUAUACAGUGCUACAAAAGCAUUAUAUCUUGAGCUUAUUAAAGAGUUGGCAGAUUGAUUCAAACCCAACCUACCGCUGGCUUAGUCUUCACGGGAUGGGGAAUGUAAUUCAGCAUCUGCAAAAUAGGAAAGAACUCACAUCUCUAAUCCUGAGUAUACUUCCAACCUUCAAUGAUUCUGAUGAGAAGGUGACAUUGACAGCUAUUGAGGUCAUAACCAAGGAGGUUGCACACCACAAAACUGCCAACCAUGUACUUAUAAAGAUUGUCAAACAGCUUCAGCCACUCUUGGCAGAUAGGAGGGACAAUAUAUGUUGUGCUGCAAAUCAACUGUUCCAAGACAUCUUGAAGACUUCGGACACAAAAGACAAAUCCUCUAUGCAGGAUCAGGUUCUCAAUAGUAUUCUAACAUUGAUGCUAAAUCUAGAAGACCCACAUCUAGAUGUGACAAAGUCUCGUACUACCAGUUUGCAACUUUGCAAAACCUUCUUAGGAUGGGCGGCAAAUGACAACGAGAACUUUUGGAAUGUGCUUUGUAAGCAUCUGGUUAAAGAGCAUCCUGGAAAACUGAGGGGCUUCUUGGACCAAGCACAGGAAUAUACUCAGAGCCCACAAAAGUCUUCAAGGAUUGCAGCCGCCACAUUUAUAGAUUCUAUCUUCCAGCACAUGGAAUCCAGCCAUUUUCAAAAAUCAGAAGUAGACUACUUGAGGAAAGCUUUGAGGUCUUUUCCGUCCGAAAGAAGUUCUGUCCCAGUUGUUUCGGAACCAGAGAAAGUCUGCAGGUAUUGCCCAGAUCUAUUCAGAUGUUCCCGCUAUUUCCCAAGAUCCUGUAUUUGA